CACUCCAUUUCACUGUCGUUUUCCAUUCCGUACCAGUUCCCCCGAAAUCUCCGAGCUUACAUUUUCUUGAAUUUCUCAAUCCCACUUCCAAAUUUUUCCAUGGAUCCUCAGCACCAGCUUCGGAAUCCCACCUUAGAUACUGACCCCCAACUUCCCUCCAUCAAAAUACACCAUCCGGCCUCCCCUCGUCACCCCUCCGCCGCCGCCACCGCCACCGCCGCCAAUUCCACCCCUACUGGUGGCGCCCGACGCAAGAUUGGCGUCGCUGUCGACCUUUCUGAAGAGAGUGCUUUUUCCGUCCGCUGGGCUGUCCAACACUACCUUCGCCCCGGUGAUGCUGUUAUUCUUCUCCAUGUCAGCCCUACCUCUGUACUCUUCGGCGCCGAUUGGGGCUCCAUCGACAUUUCUCUGAAUACCGCCGUUGAUAGUCCCGAUGACGAGGUUCCAGGCGAUGGUGAAAACAAUCAACAUCAGAACUGCAGCGAGCGGUCAAAGCGUAAAUUGGAGGAUGAUUUUGACGCCUUCACUGCCUCGAAAGCUGCCGAACUUGCUAAACCUAUAAAAGAUGCUCAGAUUCCGUACAAGAUUCACAUAGUGAAGGAUCAUGACAUGCGAGAGAGGCUGUGUUUGGAAGUGGAGAGAUUGGGGCUCAAUGCACUAAUCAUGGGCAGUCGGGGCUUUGGUGCAGCGAAGCGCGGUAACGACGGUGGGCUUGGAAGUGUUAGCGAUUAUUGUGUUCAUCAUUGUGUGUGUCCUGUGGUAGUGGUUCGGUUUCCGGACGAGAAGGACGGCGGCGCUGUGGUGGCGCUGAAGAAGGAGGACGACGCCGAGAUGAAAUCCGAGGCAGAGGAAGCGGUGGAGUCUUAAGGUGUUUAGCUGGUAAUAUCCACGUCAGAGACUGAUGCAAUUUGUGUUGAAAAGCUGGGGUGUCAUGGUGAUUAGGUGAGAAGCAAAGUGGAUUAUGGGUUUUGAGUCUGAAUAACAGAGCCCCUAUCCCCUGUUAUCCGAGAUGAAGAAACCGGUGAAUAAGAAAGUAAUAUGUGUGAAUGAUUUGAAGUUGAUGUCUGCCCCUUUUCAAAUUGUUUUAUUGUUUUGAUAUCAUCAAUUAACAUUUUGUCGCUCUUUUGCCACGUUUAAUUAUCUCCUGAAAUCUUGGAACAAAUUUGAUAUGUUGCUUCUUUUUCUCAUCAGUGGUUGAAUUGUGAAAUA